UUUGUGCUUCAUUGUUUUGCUGCGGUUUAAGUUGUUACGUGGUGCGGUAGAAGAGACAAACCAAGCCACACAAAGGCGACACGAGAAAGUGACAAAGCGGAGAUGCAAUGCAUUACACCGCGAAACGCCCCUUCGAUUCGGAGUCGCGGUGCCGUCAAUCGAUCGAGCAGACUGGAUUUUGAUUGGUCGGCGCUUCCCCUUCCCAUCGUCAUCUCAUGACCGAGCUCAGACGCUAUUGGCUCAGCUCCGGCUUAUGCCUGAUAGGCAGUCGUAAGGGCGGUACUGCGCAUGCUUCACUGUCAGCUGUAUUAUGUCGCUUGGACUUUUAAUACCUGUCAUAUAGUGGAAAUAAGUGAAAUGAAGCCGGACAAACGCAGAUGCGCAUCCACGAAGGACAGGGAAUUUGGUGGGACCUUAGGCGCCACCUGUAUCCCCGUCUUCCUGCCGCUGACUGUGCUUUACCUGCUGUCCGUCUGCCGCACCCCCGGUGCUGCCCUGCUCCAAUGGCCCCCUCCCCUGCCUCCCGCCUCCCAGCUGUGGGACCCCGUAGCUGCUGCUCUGGUCCUGGGGUGGCUGACCCUGCAGAUCGUCCUCUAUCUGUUCCCCGUGGGAAAGGUUGCUGAAGGAAUGGUGCUCAGAGAUGGGACCAAACUCAGAUAUCCUAUCAAUGGUUUCCACGCACUGUGCAUCAGCGCCAUCCUGCUGGCCUUGUCUGUGUGGUUAGGCAUGCCUUUGGGGUACCUGUUUGAGCUGCUGGUGCCUUUAGCGACAUGUGCAAUGGGCCUGUCAUUCCUGCUCUCCCUGUAUCUCUACAUACGUUCAUUCUGGGCGCCCAAACAUGCCCUGGCUCUAGGGGGCGAUACAGGUAACCCUCUCUACGAUUUUUUUAUGGGACGUGAGCUGAACCCACGAAUCGGAAGCUUUGACCUCAAGUAUUUCUGUGAGCUUCGGCCUGGUCUCAUUGGGUGGGUUGUCAUAAACCUGGGUAUGCUAAUGAAGGAGGUGGAGCUACGAGACUCCCCAUCCCUUGCCAUGCUAUUGGUCAACGGCUUCCAGUUGCUUUAUGUGGCCGACGCCCUGUGGAAUGAGGAGGCCGUGCUGACCACCAUGGACAUCGUGCACGACGGAUUUGGCUUCAUGCUGGCCUUCGGGGACCUGACCUGGGUUCCGUUUACCUACAGCCUGCAGGCUAACUUCCUGGUGGUGCACCCUCAGCCGCUGGGCCCCGUCGGCGCUGCUGCCAUCGUCUUCAUGAACGGUGUGGGCUAUUAUAUCUUUCGCCAGUCCAACUCACAGAAGAACCAGUUUCGACGGGACCCCACUCAUCCCAGCGUAGCAGGUUUGGAGACGAUUCCCACGGCAACGGGGAAGCGCCUUCUGGUGUCUGGUUGGUGGGGGCUUGUCCGACACCCCAAUUACCUGGGAGACCUGCUCAUGGCCACUGCCUGGACACUCCCCUGUGGCACCUCACACAUCCUCCCUUACUUCUACGUCCUGUACUUCACCGUCCUUCUCAUCCACCGGGAGGCUCGGGACGAGAGGCAAUGCAGGAGCAAGUACGGCCUGGCCUGGGAGACCUACUGCCGCAGGGUGCCCUACAGGAUCUUCCCUUACAUCUACUGACCCACCAACCCCAGGGCAUCGUGAGCCCCCUGGACCUGGGGUGUAGCACCUCACACCAGCAUCAAUCACGAAUAAACCAUCCUGGAAGGUCGGGUGGAGAAUGAGGUCAUCUGUCAAAGCUGCUUCUAUUAUAAAGGGAAACCAUGCAGACCCAGACAAACAAGCUGGCAAGUUCCGGUCCCAAAAGUAAAACUCCAGACCAAGAUUUUGUUUCAACCAACCAGUUGAGUACUAUGUGACUGUGACUCUUUAUACUCGGCUGGUUGGCUGACACAAAAUCUUGGUCUGGAUUUUUACUUUCUGGACCUGAACUUUCCACCUCUGCAAGCUCAGUCUCAGUGCAGAACUUAGCAACGGAGCUGGACUGGCAUCGAACCUGCUACUUGGGGCGUGCCCAGACCUUCCACAGCACUUGAACCUCACCUAUACCGAGGAUGGUUUUACUCUUUACCCGCAGCCUGAACUAAACAGGUUUUUAAGUAUGAAAUAAAGGGUAAUUUAUGAGUUCUACAGA